GCGGCUGAGGCGCCUCUGAGGAAGAGGAGGAGAAGGAGAAGAAGGAGGAGGAGGCGGUUUUGGGGGGAGCGGAGCGAGGCGGGACGGGACGGGGCGGUCCCUCCCCGGAGGGGAGCGGGGAAGGCGCGGCCGCCCCCUCCGGCUCCGGGCAGCGCGGGGUCGCGCCGCCGCCCCCGAGAUGUUUAACCGGGCCGUGAGCCGGCUCAGCAGGAAGCGCCCGCCGUCAGAGAUAAAUGACAGCGAGGGUCACCCAAGCAGCAGCCACCCAACCUUGAAAGGAACCUCAAAAUGGGCUACAUCACUGGAGAACCUACUCGAAGAUCCGGAAGGAGUGAAACGAUUUAGGGAAUUUUUAAAGAAAGAAUUCAGUGAAGAAAAUGUUUUGUUCUGGCUAGCAUGUGAAGAAUUCAAGAAAACCCAGGGAAAAAACCAGAUGCAAGAAAAAGCUAAAGAAAUCUAUAUGACUUUCCUGUCAAGCAAAGCUUCCUCCCAAGUCAAUGUUGAAGGGCAGUCCCGGCUGAACGAGACCAUUUUGGAGACACCUCACCCACUCAUGUUUCAAAAGCUCCAGGACCAGAUAUUCAAUCUCAUGAAAUACGACAGCUACAGCCGCUUCCUCAAGUCAGAAAUAUUCCUAAACCAGAAGAAGUCUGAGGAGCAAGAGGAGAAUUCAUCAGAGGCUCAGACUGCAGCUAAAAGAGCAUCAAGAAUUUACAACACAUGAUACAAUAAAUCUCUUCAGGAGAGGCAAUACAAUCACUAAAUUACACUCAGGACCAGUCUAAGUUUAUAGCAGUCGCAUUUAGGGCUUGAAAAGCUCAAAACCUUUUUCAGGAGAUACUUACCUUCUUAAUUGCUUGAAUGACUAAUUGUUUUUGCAUGAUAGCUAAUAACCAAGCACCCAGGGAAGGACUGUUUCCUAGCUAAAAGGCUGAGGUAUUCACAGCAUGAAUUGCAUUUCAUUUUUCACAAGUUAAAAUGCUUUCAAUUUUUGUAUUCUCUUUUGUGAGGCAUCAUGAGGAUGGGAAAUGGGAGAUAGGGUGGUUGGUUGUUUUUUUUUUUUAUUUUUGCCUUGUAAUUUUUAUUUUUGACCAACUUUUGCGUCCUGAAUUGCUGGCAGAAGCUACUGAGGAGUAGGUGCCACGUUACUUUGUGGCUGAGUCAUUCACAGCAAAAUUUAGUCAUAAAGGGACAGCAUCUUUCAGGGUUAAGCUCAACAGAACCCAGUCCCUUCCUGUGUGACUUUAUUCUUUCAAGGUGGCACUUGUUUUGCUUUGCUUUUACUAUUGAAUCAAAGCACUUGCAUAGUAAUGAUUUUCAUUGAUGUAUUUUUAAGUUUUCCUUAAUUUUGGUUUUGUUUUGGUUUUGGCAGUAGACUAUCACUUUCUUCAGAGGAGAGAAUAACUUGAAUUCCCCUGGGAAUAUAAACUCUAAAAUAGAAUCCCUGAAGAACUAAGAGCUCUUAGGAAACCUAACAGUUAAAAUCCCAUUCAGAACACACAGCUUUUCAGCAAGGAUUGACCUGGGCAUGUCCUGCACAUCCUGCAUCACAUCAGUGUCAGACCCUGGUACUGGGAAGCUACAGGUCUCUCCUGGGUCUCCUGAGCUAUCCUGCUCUGUCUACAAAAAUACUUGGACUAAACAGACAAAAUCUGGCUUUGUUUUACUAAAAUGAUUCUACCCAAAUCAUCCUGCCUAGUUUUGUUUGCCCCAGGGAAGUAUUUCAGAGUUUUCCAAUGGCAGUUUUGGGAAGCUGCAGUGGAACAGGGGGCUGGCAUGGUUUAGCCAUUCUCACACCCAGCUUGAGGGGAAAGGGAAUUUAUUCUGCCCUGAGCAAUCAAAGAUGAAAAUGUCAGGGUGGGAGAGGAAGAUGCUCCCAAUGAGCCUUCUUUAUUGUCCUGCAGGACAAUGUGUCCCUGGUGUCCCUGUGUCAGAGCUGCACAGUGUGGUUUGGGGAACAAGUUUUCAUGUGCUCAUACAAUUUUUUUGAUUUUUUUCACCACCAUGUUACUGAGCUGUAAUUUAAGUUGGGGAAGGAUCUUGGUUACACUGCCUGUUUUCCAAGCUUGUAGUUUAGCUGUUUCACCUUCUCUCAUUAUUUACUCUCAUUUUUUUGCACUGCUUUUCUUGAACAUUUGUUUUUGUGCUGUCUGAUCUCAGCACACACAGCUUUGGGCUGGUUUAUAGGGUUUUUUUGGUUUUUUUUUUUAAGGCCAGAUGUGUUUAAUAUGUUACUGUUGCUAUCAGUGUUGUAAAACUAAGUCUAGAUUGUAAUUUUUGAGGAUGUAAACUCACUUGGCAGACUUGAUUCGUUCUUUUAACUCUGAGCCACUCUUGCAGGUAAUGUGUAAAGAAAAUUAUUUCCAUGAGCUCUUCCCUGAUUAGAUGGAAGAGCAGGAACAGGAGUUCUGAUUCUUUCCCCAGAGAUAAAAGUCCUGUUCAUUUUUAUAAAACCAGAGAGCUCAGUGCCUCUGUAUCCAUGUUUUAAGGUGUAAUUCUUAUGCACAGCAUUGAUUUUCCUUUUAUGCUCUUAAAAGAUUUAAUGAUGAAAUCACAAUCUUGCUUCAGGCACUUUCAGGGCUAUUUGACCUCAUGCCUAAAGCCUGUGUUUUGAUGUUUUACUGAAAAGGAUGAAGUAAGCAGGUGCAUGAAUCCUUUAGCUGUGAUGGAUCCUAGGAAAUAGGAGCAUCCAGUUGUGGACUUGCCAAUUUUUUUAAAUCUUGGGAUUAUUUCUUCUGAAAAUUCACUGCAUAUAACAAGCUCCUAACAUCUGCCACAGCAGAGGAUGGAACUUCAAGUGCCAUUGAAGUCCUUGGGAUGCUUUUAAACACAUUUAAGAGUCAGGAUUUUUUUCUUCCCAGUUAUGGCAGCAGAAAUCUUGGUGAUACAGAAAAAGGCAGGAUGGGGACCUUCAGGGGAAAAUGCAGAAUGAGCUCUUACCACAUUCAUCACAUGGAUGCACAGUAGGUUCAUUUUUAAUCAUAUUGAUUUUUAAAAUGCACGAGCAAGGGAGAAGAACCUUUGGCUAUCAUGUUUUAAAAUAGUAAUAAUGAUAAUAAUAAUUAAUAAUAAAUAAAUCCAGAGGCUGUAUGGACAAUAGUAGGGCACUAAAGAGAGAAAAUAAUUGCUUGUAGCUGGUUGCAAACAUUUCCCUUGGGAGAAUGCUCCCUAUCAGGUACUUUAUUAUUUGCUUCUUAAGAGUAAAUGCCCCAUAGGAGUAGACACAAAGCUGAUUUACACUACUACCAACUAAAAGCUACUCAAAUGGAAAUGUGUAUUUUUAGCAGCAUCUCAGUGCCUAUGAUUUUUCCGAGGUAAUGUGCCUCAAUACACGAAUUUCUUAAUCUUUGAGUUGCUCUUUUGCCUCUGCAGUAAAAUAUUCAUUGCCCCAGUAUCUAUUUUACCUGUAGUGCCUGGUUAUGGUUUGUUUUUAGAAGACCAACAGCUCGACUGACAAGCUGCAGAAAUGAAAGGUUUUUUUCCUCUCAGUAGUUUAUUUGUAUUUUCCAGUAAGAGAGUGAUCAAAAGAAAACCAUGCAAGCAGAUGUCUGUAAUUGCAGCAUGUAUAUAUAUGUGGAAAAGGUUAUUUUGCUUCUGUUGAUAUUAUCACUGAUCAAACUUCCUUUGUGAUAUCUAAUAUGAUAUAUUCUCUACAUGGCACAGAAAAAAGGACUGAGGGUACCUAUAACUAAGUCCUGCAUUCCAGGCACAGCUGUAAACAUUGGAUGGAACCUCAGGCUGCAAGCAGAUACUCAGAGUUGCUUUAUGUAGAGCUUAAAAAUAGGAUCUACAUCCUUUCAUAGAACUUACACUGAAGAUCCGAGCACAAAAAUCAAGCAAAAGAAGUUUCAUGCCUGACUGCAUGCCUUAAACUCUGCCCUGUUGUGUGUUUCUCAGCUAAAAAUUAAAACCUUCUACAAAUAC